AUGGGAAUGAUGAAUCCAACGACAAUAUCGUUUACGGUGCAGGGGAGGGAUACCUCAGUGCCGGCGGCUAGCAGUGGUCAGACGGGCUGCUCGUCGUCGUUAUCCAGCGACCGUUUGGACAGAGGGGUGGACCCCAAGGCCCCUCUGUCUGGUACAGCUACUGGGAGUAAAUUGGAUGAGAUGGUUUCACUCCACGGAAAAAGGGACGAAGCCAUAGGAAAGGAGGAUAAUUUGUUGGAGGAGCUCCAGGAACUUUUAAAGGAGACACUCAAGACCAUCCGAUCAAAACGGACGGUGUCAAACGAGGUCACCAAAGGUGUGAAGGAGGCAGAGAGGCUACUCCUAGAGAGCCUCGUAAGCCGUAAGUCCUGGAAGAUAGCUCAGCGAGAGCUGUCCCAGAAGGAGAGGGAGGAAAGGCAGAGACUGCUCGAGGACUUCGGGAGCCAGCGUCAGGCUCUUCAAGUAGCAGCAGCACAGACGCCGAACACCGAGAGUAAAAAGAGACAGGCGAUGAGUCCACCAGAAGGACCAGAAAAACAUGUGCUGAAGCAGGCAAACGGCAGUUUCACAGUGGCCACUGUCAGGGGAAAAAGACAGCGCACUGGAAAUGAUGUCAAGACAGGUGUAGAAACACAAGAGAUGGAAGUUGACAGUCAGAAGAAACCGGAGGAGCCGUUUAAACUGGUGGAAAAGAAAAAGAAGAAGAAGAAAAAGAAACAAAUAGAGGAAGGAACAGGGGACCAGGUAGACCUGGUAGUGACAGUGGAGCCGGAAGGACCAGGAAUAGGGACUACAGGACCAGGACCAGGGACAAAGCGGAUCACAGCAGCCAAGGGCGACCGGAGACCGAGGAAGAAGCAACGACCGGAGGCAGUGCUGAUUGACCCAGGUAAGUCCCGGUCUUCUGAUGAGGUUCUGAGGGCUUUGCGCUUGGGACUUCGUCCGGAGGAAAUGGGUCUGGGGGUUAAGGCCGUGAGGACCGCCAGAAAAGGUGGUCUUCUCAUCGAGUUCGAGGGAUCUGUUAAAGAUCGCUCGGCGCUCGGUAAUAAGAUCACUGAGGUAGCCGGAGGAGACGUGGAGGUGCGCCAUCUCGCCCCUACCACUACGCUGGUAAUAGACGGGAUGGACUCCGCUACGACGGUCGAAGAGGUUAAGGCGGCCCUGGCAGGAGCUAUCGGUGGGACUGCGGAUGGACUCAACGUGUCCAUCACGAAACCCAAUAAAUGGGGAUCCAUCCGCGCUUUCAUCGAGGCUAGACUUGGGGCUGCUGCAGCCUUGGAGACCUUGGGAAAGGUCAAGGUCGGCUGGCUGGUUUGCCGAAUCCGCCGUUGGGAGCGACUCGAUCGGUGCUAUCGCUGCCAUGGACUGGGCCACUUAGCUGGCUCGUGCAAGGCAGGGGAAGACCGGAGCGGUUGCUGCUGGCGAUGUGGUGAGGCGGAUCACAAGUCGAAGACCUGUACCAAGCCUCCGCGCUGCCAUCUCUGUGAAGCGGUGGGAAGCGGGCAAGCCUUCGAUCACGUGGCAGGUUCUGGACGGUGUACGACCUAUCGGGAGGUACUCCAAAAGAAAAAUGGCUAA